AUGGCCAACACCGCUACUGAUAAGUUUUUAAUUUUUAUUCACACAUACGUGGUAUCAGCACAGAAAACAAUAUAUUUAAGUAUGGUAUCAGUAGGUACUAAAUUCUCUUUACUCAGCUGGUAGGUAUAUUUUAUGUCCACACUAGCCCGGCUCGCAGCGUAGAAUACACGUGGAUAUGGCGGACGCACAGACGUGGUGGCAGUGGCUGGUACUCACAAACGACAUCAAGACGCUAUGGGCAGCGCAGCCGUCGUAUAUGAUCUCGCAAGCUGUCUACAUGCUGGCUGGUCUCAUCACGCUUGUACACGCUUUUAAGAAAGGCGGAAGAUGGCCUUACUUCUGGUUGGGAACCAUGCUGCAUGGGAUUUACGCUGACAAUUUCUGGCACUUCGUUCUUCCGGAUUAUGAUAACUUCUGGCAUUCCCAAACCCCUGUCAUGCUUAUGGGUGCCAGAUUACCUCUUCAUAUUAUACUGCUCUACCCAGCGUUCAUGUACCACGCCGCAUACGCUGUCUCCAAGUUGAAUCUGCCGAGAUACGCGGAGCCAUUUGCUGUGGGCCUACUGACUGUCCUCAUAGAUAUCCCCUACGAUAUCGUCGCCGUGAAGUUUGUCCACUGGACCUGGCACGACACGGACCCCAACAUCUACGACCGACACUACUGGGUGCCAUGGAACUCCUACUACUUCCACGCCACGUUCUCAGCUAGCUUCUACUACCUGUUCAUUGCUAGCAGAGGUUGGUUCGCGCCAAGCGUCGCGCAGUGGACUUCUUCGAAGAAAUCCGCCGAGUGGAAAUCUCUUCUAGUGGCUACACUCUUGGGUAUGCCUGGCGGAGUUCUGGCAUUCGUGCCAAUCUACCACCCUCUACACGACCAACUGAAAAUACACUCUGAAGUCACGUUUUUCCUGCUGUUCGCGAUCUACUCGGUUAUAGUGUUACGUGGACUUCUUAGCGAGCGCGAAAAAAGGAUUGUGAAACUGACUGCUAUAGACUUCGUCCUACUAGCACAGUUGGCUCUACACUACCUCACUUACUGGGCGUUUGUGGUCUUCCUACACCCUGAGAGAGAAUGGUCUACUGGUCUACACGAGCCGGUUGGUCCUUGUAACGAGAAGGCAACCUUGGUCACGCCAUUUGGACAGACCUUGUACAAACGCAAAUACUUUUGCCCGACCGACUACGAUGAAAAGUACUUCGAUUUCAAGUGCGUCGGCAACAAACUACCAGAAAAUGGCUCCACUUGGUACACCAUCUGUGGAAUGCCUUUUGAAAACCGUGCUGAGUACUUAACAGUGAUCUCCACUAUUCUGAUAGUAGCUGGUGGUGUGUUCUACGCUAUAUUCAAACCAUCGCAUACUCCCACCGCGACCCCAGUAUCCAAGAAGCAGAAGACGCGAUAAAGAAGAUCAUAGAGCCCAAAUACAAUUGUUAUGCACUUGUUUUCAUCUCCAGUGUUGUAGAUAUACAUACUAUAUUUACCUUCUAUCAGGUGACUUGUAUGCUCGAUUAUAAAUACCGCUACCUACACAAAUCUGUACAUUUUGUUAUGGUUGAUUUUUUUCUAUUUUCGUUUAUUUAAAU